AUGAAUGAGAGAUACCCAAGUUCCUCGCAUGCAUUCAUCCAAGCUGCCUCGGAUGACGUGUUUGCCGUUCCGAGUCAGGGAUCCAACACCAGAAGGCACUUUAUUGUCGCAGUCGACUUUGGAACCACGUUUUCUAGUGUGUCGGUGUAUUGUCGCCGUGGCAGCAGCGAUGUAGACUCAAGCCAAAUCAGCAGCAUCGCCAAUUAUCCCCAUGCCGCAAGCUAUCUUAGCCAAAGCCCCACGGAGGUGCCUACACAAAGCUGGUAUCCAAAACAAGGCAUGCCGUUCCGACAGCCAAUUGAUACUGAAACAAACAUCAGCGACGAAGAAGAGACGGUGGUGGAUGCGCACACUCAGAAUAGUGAUCACAUUCACGCCACCAAUGGGCAAGACUGGAUGGAUGUUGACCAAGACGAGGAGGACGAGGAUAGAUACGAAGAAGAUGACGGGAUUGUUGAUCGUUAUUACUGGGGCUAUGGAGUCUCCAAAAUUCUGGUCGCUAACGACACCCAUCGGGAACAAUCUCGAUGCAUAGUCAGGUCCAAGCUACUGCUUGAUCAUAGCGUCCACACGAAGCAUAUUAGGGCCCAACUAUCGACGACCGUCAGGGAUCUGCGCGCAAGGAAAUUAAUACGCGAUGAGACAGACAUAAUAGCCGACUUCCUAAAACAUCUACUGCGCCAUACGAGGUCGCAAAUGGAAUCCCAGUACGACUACCACAAUGACUGUUCGGUUGAGUUUGUUCUAUGUGUUCCAGCGAUGUGGACAGAAAAAGCAUUACGGACGAUGCAGAAUGCUAUUACCAGAGCAUUGCGCGAGUCUGAAUUUAUUGAAAACAGCAACCACGACGUCGACAACUUGUUCAUCGUUACGGAGCCAGAGGCAGCUUCAACGUAUGUUUUGGACAAAUCAGGGGAGAUAACGCCAGGGGAUUGCUUCGUCCUUCUUGACGCUGGGGGUGGUACGGUUGAUGCCAUUACUUACAAAGUGAAAUCCAAAUACCCCUUGAGGUUGGAAAGGGAAGAAUUCGAACCAGAAGGUGCACUCUGCGGGUCAAGUUAUUUGAAUGAAGAAUUCGAGAAGCUGCUUUGGCAUCGUCUAGCUAGUCACCGGGAGUUGGAAAAGGACGGGAUUACAAUUCAGGGGAAGAUCAAUGAGCUCAUGUAUCGCUUCGAAACACAAACCAAAAGAGGAGUUGAUAUCUACUCGGAUGAGUUUGAGCCUGAAUAUCUUCCUGUCACUGGUCUGAAGCCGACGGAUCAAGAGAAAUAUACGAGACCAAAUCGACUGAUCAUUACGAAAAAUGACUUCCGACGUAUCUUCAAACACUGUCUCGAUGGCGUAUCGAAAUUAAUGUUCAGCCAGUUAGAAAAAGCAGAGGAUGCAGGAGUUGUGAUUGGAAAAGUGAUAUUGAUCGGUGGCUUUGCAUCAUCUCCUUCUCUUGUUCGCCACUUGAAGAAGAAAUUAAUGGAGUAUUCGCUUCAGAAACGACGACGAAUACCUGUGAUAGUUGCUCCCUUUCCUGGCACAGCCGUAGCUCACGGUGCUGUACUUCGCGCGGCAAACAAAAUGGAUGGCCCCGAGCGACGGAUUCGCUCUAGUUUUGGGAUUUUGAGAGCCGAACCCUAUGAGCCGACACAGUGGGAAGCGCAUGCGAACGCGAAUCCCUGGCACGACCCUGUUGAUGGAAGGAAGUAUAUCAAAAAGACAAUCGACUGGGUCGUGAACAAGUUUCCUUUUCAGGGAGAGCUACUCCCAUCAGGGACGGUGAUUACCAGACCGGCGUUUCACACUUUCCCCGUAGAGCCAGAUAUCAAAUUCAUUUGUGAGGAGGUUCUCUAUAUAUCAAGCAGAAACCACGAGUCUCACUACCGUAAUACGCAUUUUCGGAAUAGAGGCUGUGAAAGAGCAGGACACAUACUUGUUGACAUGACAUUCCUCAAGGACGACCCUAACUUCCACCCUGUGGAUCCUGGACCUGAUGAGAAAGGCCGGCUUCAUUACCGUGUUGAGUUCGAGCUUGCGAUCAUAAUUGAUGGCCGUAAUUUACGCUUUGAAGCUAGGUAUCCCGGAGGAGAGCAUAGCGUGGUCAGGGGAGCGAGGCAGAUCAGUAUAGCCGCUUCUUUUCAACCAGGGACAGAGUGA